AUGACUCCUACCCACACCCCGGCCAACAUUCCCCCCAUGACUCCUACUCACACCCCGGCCAACAUUCCCCCCAUAACUCCUACCCACACCCCGGCCAACAUUCCCCCCAUGAAUCCUACCCACACCCCAGCCAACAUUCCCCCCAUAACUCUUACCCACACCCCAGCCAACAUUCCCCCCAUUACUCCUACCCACACCCCAGCCAACAUUCCCCCCAUGACUCCUACCCACACCCCAGCCAACAUUCCCCCCAUGACUCCUACCCACACCCCAGCCAACGUUCCCCCCAUGACUCCUACCCACACCCCAGCCAACGUUCCCCCCAUGACUCCUACCCACACCCCAGCCAACGUUCCCCCCAUGACUCCUACCCACACCCCAGCCAACAUUCCCCCCAUGACUCCUACCCACAUCCCAGCCAAUGUUCCCCCCAUAACUCCUACCCACACCCCAGCCAACAUUCCCCCCAUAACUCCUACCCACACCCCAGCCAACGUUCCCCCCAUGACUCCUACCCACACCCCAGCCAACAUUCCCCCCAUGACUCCCACCCACACCCCAGCCAACGUUCCCCCCAUGACUCCUACCCACACCCCAGCCAACAUUCCCCCCAUGACUCCCACCCACACCCCAGCCAACGUUCCCCCCAUAACUCCUACCCACACCCCAGCCAACAUUCCCCCCAUAACUCCUACCCACACCCCAGCCAACAUUCCCCCCAUGACUCCUACCCACACCCCAGCCAACAUUCCCCCCAUGACUCCUACCCACACCCCAGCCAACAUUCCCCCCAUGACUCCUACCCACACCCCAGCCAACAUUCCCCCCAUGACUCCUACCACACCCCGGCCAACAUUCCCCCCAUGA